GCUGGGGACCCCCCCGGCCACUCGGGGGUUAAAUGGGCCGGGGAUACCCCAGUUGGGGGGGACCCCUCCCCACCAGGACCCCCCUGCUCCGUGCGGGACCCAGCGCCGAGACCGGGCUGCGGGGGCGGGGGUCUGCCCCGCUACGACGCCCGGCUGCUCCCUGGGACCCCCGGGGGUGGGGGCCCAGCCCCUCCCCCAUGCCAGUGCCCCCAAACAUCCCACAGGUUCACUUGAAGGGCUGAGAGCCAGCAGGACUCCUGGGUUCUCUCCCUGGCUCUGGGAGGGGAGUGGGGGCCAGUGGUUAGAGCGGGGGGGGGCUGGGAGCCCGGACUCCUGGGUUCUAUUCCUAUCCCUGUUUGUCUCUCCCUUGUAUUUACACCCUUCCUUUCCCUCUUUCCGGCAGGGGUUGGGGGGCUGCCCGGAGACCCCAGCCACCAUGAGGGGGCAGCGCAGGCUGGCGGGGGAGCCCCUGGAGACCCAGGUGGUGAGGGUGAAGGAGGAAGAGGAGGAGAAAGGAGCCGGGUGCCCGCGGGUCAUGGGCAAGCCAUACGUCUCGGAGCCGCUGUGCCAAGAGGGGGCUGGUGGCCUCAGCGCCCACUGCUGCACUUGCCUGGGGCCGCACCCGUUCCUUGCCCAGCCCUCCCUGCUGGCCGCGCCCCCGCGGCCAUGUCCUGGCACCGGGCAGGAUGCCAGCCCCCUGGCUAAGCCCUACGCCUGCUCUUUCUGCCCCAAGCGUUUCAAGCGUUCCUCGGACCGGCGGGACCACGAGCGGGUGCACACGGGCGAGCGCCCCUACCGCUGCCGGGUGUGCGGCAAGUGCUUCACCCAGUCCUCGGUGCUGACCGGCCACAUGCGCAUCCACACGGGCGAGUGCCCCUUCCACUGCCCCGUCUGCGGCAAGAGCUUCAACAACGCCUCCAACUUCAAGAAGCACCAGCGCAUCCACGCCCAGCCCCCGGGCAGCGAAACCGGCUCCCCUGCAACCUAUCCAAGCCAGCGGGACACUGAUGGGUGUGCCAAGGACCUGGCGCGAGAUGGUGGCGGUGAUGCCAAGCGGCCGGUGCUAUCUUGGGUGCCCCUCAGGUUUUCUGCCAGGGGCCCUGGGCCUGACUUCCCGGCUAACGGUGCCUGCCCGUCCCUGCCGGCAGUGAGGUUGACAGAAAGCCGGUGCCCUGGGGCAUGGCAGCAUCUGACAGUGGAGCGAGACCUAGAGCAGGGCUCCCCUGUCCCUGGCACGGGUGCCUGGCUGUCCCCCGGCAACUCAGCCUGCAGGGAAGCUGAUAACGGGGGGGGAGUGGCUGAGGAAGAGGAGGGUGGUCGUUCUCGCUGCUUCUUGCUGGAAAAGCUGGACCCAUCACCCCAAUUGUGCCUGAGCCCUGAUGCCCAUGAGCUGGGUGUGCCAGUCCAUGCCCCGCCCUGGCUUCUGAGCCCUGCUGCUCCUGGACAGGACAAGCCAGUCCACGCCCCUCCCUGGCGUUCGAGCACCAAUGCCCGUUCCUCACAUGGCAUGCUGCCCGCCCCCCUGCCCGCCCGGCAAUACAUCUGCUUUGUGUGCUCCAAGCGGUUCAAGCGGGCCACGGACCUGAAGGAGUACUUGCGGGUGCACACGGGCGAGCGCCCCUUUGCCUGCGGGGUCUGCGGCAAGCGCUUCACCCAGUCCUCAGCCCUGUCCAGCCACCUGCGCAUCCACACGGGCGAGCGCCCCUUCCGGUGCCCCGUCUGCCUCAAGAGCUUCAACAACGCCUCCAACUUUGCCAAGCACCGGCGGGUGCACUCGGGGGAGCGCCCCCACUGCUGCGCCUUGUGUGGAAAGAGCUUCCAGCAGCGCUGGUGGGUGGUCCGGCACCUCCGGGCCAUGCACCCGCCGCUGGGGUGAGUGCGGGGUGGGGCCCGCGUCCGGCCCGUGCACCCGCUACUGGACUGAAUGAGGAUGGGGCCCAGGUUGGGCAGCAGUCAUUGGCAUGUGGGCGCAGUCGGGGAGGCCGUGGCCUGGCCAGGUGAUGGGCACUGGGCUGAGAGUGAAAAUGUCUCAGUGAAAUCCUCGGCUAACGGAGAUCACCCCCCGCUCACACACACAUACAUACGUCCUGCUGUGGGAUGCUACGGACCACUGUCGGGGGAAAUGGUCACCCACUCAGUUCUCACCACAGUUUUUCCAUCUUUGUGGUAUGAAUUUUUUUCCAGUUCAAAACCUCAGAAAUAACUGGAAUGUCCCCCACCCAAUAUAAAACAUUGUGGGGACAUUUCCCCUCCACAAGGUGGCAAAAAACCAGCAAAACAAAUCAAUUUCCCCCCGAUUCUCCAGAGAUUACAAGUUUGGUUGAUAAAGGUCAUAGUGUCAAUAUAAUAUUUUGAUUUGGUACCGCAUGACAUUUUGACUAAGAAACUAGAAUGAUGCCUAAUGAAUGUGGCCCACAAUAAAUGGCUUAAAAACUGGCUAAUUGAUAGAGCUCAAAAGGUAACGGUCAUUGGGGAAGCAUCAUUGAGUGGGUGUGUUUCCAGCGGGGUCCCUCUAGGACCCGUUCUCGGCCCGACGUGAUUUAACGUUUCUACCAACGGCCUGGGAGAAAACUUAAAAUCAUCAUCCAGCAAGUUUGCAGGUGACCCAAAAAUGGCAGGAGUGGCCAGUACCGAAGAAGCCAUGUCACUGAUCCAGGUCACCGAUCUGGAUCGCUUGGUAAACUGGGCGCAAGCAAACAAGCUGUGUUUUAAUAGGGCUGACUGCCAACGUAUCCAGCUAGGAACAGAGAUGUCGGCCUUGCGUACGGGCUGGGGGACCCUCUCCUGGGGAGCAGCGACUCUGACAAUGAUUUGGGGGGUGUGGUGGAUAAUCAGCAGAACAGGAGCUCCCGGUGCCACGCUGGGGCCAAAAGACCUAAUGCCAUCAUGGGAUGCGAAAACGGGGGAAUCUCGAGUAAGCGCAGUGCGGUUAUUUUACCCCUAGAUCUGGGCCUGCGGAGACCGCUGCUGGGACCCCGUGUCCCAUUCUGGUGCCCACCAUUCAGGAAGGACGGUGAUCAAUUGGGGAGGGGUCAGGAGAACGUCUAA